ACGGUCGAUGUACAGGCAAGCAAGCAGGCGUUGUGCUACGCCAUUGUUGAAAAGGGCAGCGCUCGAGGCGCACGCCGAGCUUGGACGCUUACGCAGUUUUUCACUUUUCAUCGAUCCCGUUGCUGUGAUAUUAGAUUGUUUUAUACCCCUUAUUAGAAACGAGGGAACUGAAUCAGAAACAUGGAAGACGACCAGCAGUUCUGUCUUAGGUGGAAUAACCACCAAAGCACAUUAAUUCAGAACUUCGACACGCUUCUCGAAAGCGGGACGCUGGUUGACUGCACCCUGGCGGCGGAGGGGAAAUACUUAAAGGCCCAUAAGGUAGUUCUUUCCGCGUGCAGUCCCUAUUUUGAGGGCCUCCUCAGCGAGCACUACGACAAACAUCCAGUCUUCAUAUUGAAAGAUGUUAAGUUCAAAGAAUUGAAAGCGAUGAUGGACUACAUGUACAGGGGGGAAGUAAACAUCUCCCAAGACCAAUUGGCAGCGCUUCUUAAGGCCGCGGAGUCUCUACAAAUAAAGGGUCUCUCAGAAAGUAAAACGGGUGGUAGCAGUAAGACGGACACAAGGCAACAAAAGGUCGUUCCACAAGCAACGGCCCCGUCGUUAGACAUUCCACACGCGUCUUCCGGUCUUACAAUAGAAAAGAACAAAGUUCCUAGGCAGGUUAUGGCACAAGGUUCCGUAGGGGACCUGCCUGAAGAGUCGGGCAGUCCCCAACUACCUAAGGGUCUCUCCUCGAGAGAGGGCUCACAAAGUCCAACUUCGAGGAAGAGAAAGAGGUUUAGAAGAAGAAGCGUCGGUGAAGAUACAAUAGAAAACCAUGAAGCCUCCAAUUCCAGUGACAUGCCCCAGCAAAUGGGUGUUCCUGCGCUUGGAAUUGCACCCGUGGCUGACGAAAAAGUACAUGCAGAUCCCACAGAUUCGCUUGGCAGGUCAGCUUUAAUGACGCAGCUGACGAAACCAGCGGACGAAAUGCUACAGCUACCACUCGAAAAGCCAGAGCCAAAUGAUAGUCUGAUCGAGCCAAAAUCUGAGUAUCUUGAAGACCCGGAGGAGAGCGUCGAAGAUCUGACGCUAGAUGACGAUAUGAAUGACCUAAACGAAAUGGAGCAAGAUAAUAACAGAGCCGGACCGUCCCACGACCCCUCCCAACAUCCUGCAGGUAUAGGUGCGUGGCACGUUACCGGAGAUCGGAGUAACGCGGGAGGUGUUGUGGGCUCGGUGGCAGGAGCUCCAGGAACGACAGACGAAGUUUUUCUUGCAGCCCAGGAGGCCGCCCAGGCCCACCGCGACUCUCAAGAUUACACGAAAAUGAAGUGCUUCGUGAGCCGGGUGACGAAGAACCGACGGAGAUCGCGCGGCCAGGGGCGAUUCGCGUGCGAGAACUGCGACCGUCGUUACCACCAAAUGAAGAACCUCCGAAGACACGUGAUUAACGAAUGCGUGGAGUCCCAGUACCCCGCGAUGUUGGUGUUUAAGCACACCUGUGCCACCUGCGGGAAAACGUACAAGCACAAACACCACCUGAAGAGGCACCACGACUUCGAGUGCGGUAUCGAUCCGAAAUUCAAGUGCGCGUUCUGCCCACACAGGACCAGAUACAAGGACAGCCUGAUGAAGCACAUCCUGGCGCGGCACCAGCAUCUGCUGGACCAGAACUCACAGUACGUGCCGCAGCAGGUCGUCGACGUCCACGACGCGAGCUACAGCUCGUCGAACUGGACGGUGCCGACGUUGCCGUCCACGUCGAGCGUCGUCGCGUACACCAGGUAUCUGCGAUCGACGACCAAGGACGAGCAGAGGAAAGCCCACCGUUGGGGGCCCAGAAAGUAUCACUGCUCGGAUUGCAAUCGAACGUUCUCGUUGAUGGCCUCGUUGACUCGUCACCGGAUGUUCGAGUGCAACAAGCGGCCCCAGGGGACCGGCGGGCCCCUCGACGACCCGUCGAUCGAGAACAGAAAGGCGAAGAAGAAGAAAUACGGUUGCCCGGACUGCAACCGCGUCUACGCGGCGUUCACGUCCCUCUGGAGGCACCGGAACUACGAGUGCGGCGUCGAACCCAGGUUCACCUGCACCAUUUGCAAGAACAGGUUCUCGCAAAAGGCCAACCUCAAUCGACACAUGAGAACCAUGCAUUAGUUUCGCGGUUCAUGG